AUGUAUAAAAAUCCUGAUGUUGGAAUUGGUAAAUCUGAAGGUGAUGACAGGAUGAACAGUGGAGAAAGUGAAGGAAACAGUGAUGAUCAAAAUAUUGAAGAAUUCAAAGACAGAGAAUCGAAUUUUAUUGAU